UAAAGCCCUUUUUUGAGCUCUUCUUAGCUUGCUCUGCACCUGUGCUCUUCAUCCUUAAUUACCAACUGCGAAGAGAGGAAGAAGGGAAAGAAAAAAGAGAAAAAAAAAGGUGGUGUGGUCGGUUUUAAUUAGUUGAAUGCGAUGGGGAGAGCACCAUGUUGUGAGAAGAAUGGUUUGAAGCGGGGGCCGUGGACGCCGGAGGAGGACCAGAAGCUCGUCGAGUAUAUCCGAAAAAACGGCCAAGGGAAUUGGCGGACGCUUCCCAAGAAUGCCGGGCUCGCGAGGUGCGGGAAGAGCUGUCGGCUCCGGUGGACCAACUAUCUGAGGCCCGACAUCAAGCGAGGAAGGUUCUCAUUUGAAGAGGAAGAGGCCAUCAUCCAAUUACACAGUGUUUUGGGUAACAAGUGGUCUGCGAUAGCCGCGCGCUUGCCUGGGAGAACAGACAAUGAGAUCAAGAACUACUGGAACACGCACAUUAGAAAGAGGCUACUGAGAAUGGGAAUAGAUCCUGUCACUCAUACCCCUCGCUUCGAUCUCCUGGACCUCUCGUCGCUUCUUAAUCCAUCCAUGUACAACCCGGCUCAUCAACUCGAACUCUCGAGAUUGCUCGGGCUCGAGCCACUUGUCAAUUCGGAGCUCCUGAGAAUGGCCACUGAUCUCCUAUCAGCUUCUCACCAUCAAAAUCCUAACCUUCCUUUGGCUCAAAAUCUAUCACAGCCGAACUUUUCGCAUACCCAAGAGCCAAAUACUGUACUUUCCUCAUUGCAACCUCAAAUUCCACAAAGUUUAGCCCAAGAGGUUCCUCCCAGCACAAACCCAAGUGCUCAAUUCCUUGAUGAGGUACAGCUCAUACAAGCCAAUGUAGGACAAUUUACAAAUGAGGCUCACAACAAUAUGUCAAUACAAGACAUGUUGGAACAAGCCAGGCUUUUGGAAAUGCACCAACCUUACGAUACAAGUGCUUACGAUAGUUGGGAUCCAAGCAUACUUCAAAUGGUCAACAAUUCCGACUCGCGAGGAUUCACCGGCUACCACGACUAUAACCUUGACUCCGUCUUAUCGACACCGGAUUCAAGUUCGACUCCUUUAAACUCGUCAUCGACGCAUAUUAAUAGCAGUGUCGAGGAUGAGAGAGAGAGCUACUGCAGCAACAUGUUCAAGUUUCAAAUUCCUGGCCUUUUGGAUGUUAGUGAUUACAUGUAAAAAUUGAGAUUGAGAGAGAAAGAGAGAUUACGCAUGAGGAUUAGGUGUGUAGAGAGAGAGAGAGAGAGAGAGAGAGAGAGAGAGAGAGAGAGAGAGAGAGAGAGAGAGUCCAUGGUGUCCAUAGUGAUGCAAGAAGAGAAAUCUUUGCACAGUUUUUCUUUGCUUUCAUACUCUAAAAAGUAGUAGAUCGAUGUUGCCAAGUUUAUUUUCCCUCUUAAUUAAGUCUUUUUUAUAUGUA